AAGUGCAUUAUAGAAAUGUACUUUUUUUUCACCUGGGAACGCCCCUGACUGAUCACACACCAGUGCGCUUGCGACAUACAGAACCAACUAUCAUUAACUAUUAAUUCAACUGGGUGUUCAAAGUUCAUAAACACCAUAAAUAAAAGUUUAUACGGAAGUAAGGGAACAGAAAACGGUCAACUAGCAAUGAGUUUCCAUGAACGGCAAAAACACCUGCUUAUACUGUGAUCAUGGCUGCUAAACCUUCUCAGGGAGGCUCCUCUGUACAGGCAGAUCUCAGAAUUGUGAUCAUAGGAAAUGCUGGAGAUGAAAAGAAUAAAGUGGUAAAAUCAGUGCUGAACUGUGAGAAUCCGACAGGAGUGAAAGUUGGGCUCUGUACGUUACAUCAGUGUGAACAUGAAGGAAGGAGGAUCAGAGUUGUUGAAGCACCAGGAUGGGAUAAAGUCUCCAAGCAAACAAAAAACAAAACAAAAAGCAUCAAAAAAAGAGAAGUUGACAGAAGCGUUUCACUUUGUCCUCCAGGACCUCACGCUCUUCUUCUGGUCAUUCCUGUGAAAACUCUCUCUGAAGAACCUUCUUUAAGUGACAUUACAGCAGCUCAGAUGCACAUGGAGUUGCUGUCGGAGCGCGUCUGGAAACACACUAUCCUGCUGUUUGAUUGUGAUGAAGGUGUGGAGGAACCACAAAUCAAAGAGUACAUUCGCAGCUCAGAGAAAAUCCUGGAAAAGUGUGGAGGACGAGUCUAUGUUCUUCAGAAGAGCACUUUGGAAUCUCCCACUCAGAUCCAUGAACUUUUAAAGAAGAUAGACGACCUGGUGAAGGAGAAUCAUGGUGAUUUGUUCAUACCACAAGCUGAACUGAGGUAUGAAGUCAUACCGCACAAGACAAAAGCGUCUGGUGAGAGAAAGAUCAAACACAGACGUGGAAGUUUGGACAAUCCUCCUUCCUUGAAUAAAGAUAAAGGAGAUUCUGGGGCGAAGAAAGAAACCAUAGAGGCUGACAAACAUACACCUUCAGAAGACACUCCGAAAAUCAACAUGGAAUUCACACAGUUUGUAGUGAUAUUGAUGGCUGUAGUUGGAGCUCUUAUUGGUUCAGUCACUGGAGCUCAAAAUGGAGUUUCAGGAUCUUGCAUGGGAAUAAUCUUUGGUGUUGUUGUAGGGAUUUUACUUGCCAGUUUCUCCAUGUACUUUUACACUCACAUUUAUUCACGCUCUUAUCUAAAGAAACCUACACGGCGUACAUCAUAAGCACUUGAAUCACAAAGUUUGGAAGUUACAAGCUAUAAAAGUGCAAACAGUCCAGCUUUUAUAUGCUUUAUAUUAAAGAUGUGCAGGUGUUUGCUGGAUUUUGUUUCCUGUUGUGUUCAUGGAUUUUCCUGAGCGAUUGUGUGAAGAAGAGAAUGUGGAGUCCAGAGCUAGAGUGAAAACAGCAAUACUUUAUAAUGCUGAUGUUUCUUUAAUCAUCUGUGAAGGAUUUUUUUAAACACAUCAGCAUGUUUAAUGAUGUUUCUCGUGUGUCAUCAUGGGGUUUAAAUGAUUGUACAAGCACUGUGUAAAUCACGAUGUAAAUCCAUAAAAUUUAUCAGUAAAAUAAUUUUUGUUUGUUUAGGAUUUUAUGUAUAGGUUACAACGUCUAAACUAAAUCUAUAGCCCAGUAAGCAGAUAUUUAGACGGCAUUUCAUUGCAGUUUAUUGGUAAAUCAUAAACACACGUGUCAUAAUCAAUGUCAUGCCAUUUUCUAUUUCUGGAGUUUGCACCUACUGCAACAACUUACUGAUAAAACAAGCUCCGGUUCUGGAAAAAGUGAGAGUAUAUCCAUGGAAGUACAGAAAGAUCAAAUUCAUUAGAUUCACUGGCAAUUGUUGAUUCCUAUUUGUUGGUGCAUUCAUCAUUUAUGCAUUUAUUAAAUGCAAACUAUUUAGGAUAUAAUGUACUAUGAAUAGGUUUAAAGUGCUUUCUAGUGAGGUUUAGUUUUGUGGACUGCACAGCGCCCUCUGCUGUCAGCGCCUCGUGUGGCCACCGGAAAUACAACGUGCUGCGUCCCGGAAAUAUGCGCUCACGGGGCAGGUGGAAACUGCUAGUGGCGCGAAAUCUCUGGCCAUUCUUAGGUGAUUAAACUGCAUCUUAAAAUGU